AUGGCAGACUUGUGCGUUUCUCAGUCCUCGCUUGUUCUACGCCCUAAAAUUGGAGCUUUACACAACCUAAACACCUUCAUUUCUCCAGCCCGACGCCUACAACACAACAAUCUCAGCUAUCGGGGAUUUGGGGAUUCCUCUGAUAACGCUCUUUUGUUGAGGCACGCAUCAAUUCAGAAGCUUGGGGUUGUCUCUGACACCAAAUCUUCCACUAUAUUCACUGUUGACUCGGGGAUCAAGGAUAUCGGCAUCGAACCAGCUACCGGGGGCGGAGGCGGUGGCGGUGACUUUGGCGGUAGAGGUGGCGGCGGCGGAGGCGGUGGAGGUGAUAAUAGUGACGAUAAAGGCGAGGGAGAGGAAGGACCAGAAGAGAAGAGAGAGAAGAAAGGGAUGUCAAUGUCUCAGAAACUAACUCUAGGAUAUGCUGCUCUUGUUGGAGUGGGUGGCCUCAUGGGCUUCUUGAAGAGUGGCAGCCAGAAGUCACUGUUGGCAGGGGGAUUAUCAGCGGCCUUACUCGUUUAUGUUUCUACUGAGCUUCCCGUAAGACCAGUUUUUGCAUCAUCUAUUGGGCUUGGGUUGUCUGCUGCCCUUCUGGGAGUGAUGGGCUCUCGCUUCAAGAAGUCAGGAAAGGUUUUUCCAGCCGGUGUUGUAUCUCUUGUGUCACUUGUAAUGACCGGUGGCUACUUACAUGGAAUUCUACGUGGUAUGCACUGA